AGGAGAAUGUCUGCAUCUUGUCUGAUCAAUAGUCCCAAUGGGUACAUGCCCGCUUCAGAAAGGAUUCCAGCUAUUGCUAGACCCUUUAUUAGCGACGGGGCAAAGCGUACUCUGGAUGUCGUGGAGGAAUUUGUGGAAGAAGAAUGCAUCCCAGCAGAUCCCAUAUUUGAGCAACAACUCGGUGAAGGUGCGCGAAAGCGCUUCUCGGCUGAUCCUCCUGUGAUGGAAGAUUUGAAGGCUAAAGCAAAGCAACUUGGACUCUGGAAUUUGUUUCUCCCGAAGAGUCAUGCCGAGGGGCCUGGAUUCAGUAAUCUAGAAUAUGGUCUCAUGGCAGAGUACCUGGGAAGAGCCGCACUGCAAGCGAGGCAACCAACUGUUCCGCCCCUGACACUGAAGAGUCGGUGGCUCACCCCGCUACUUAAUGGAGAAAUUCGCUCGGCCUUCCUCAUGACAGAGCCGGACGUCGCCUCGAGUGACGCCACAAAUAUAGGCCUGCAGAUGCACAAAGACGGCAAUGACUGGGUACUAAAUGGACAGAAAUGGUGGAGUAGCGGAACUGGGAAUAUCCGCUGCAAGAUCUACCUUGUUAUGGGCAAGUCGGAUCCUCUUAAUUCAAAUAAAUACAAGCAGCAUUCUGUCAUACUCGUGCCGGCCAACACGCCUGGGCUGACAGUAACCCGCGUGCUCUCGGUUAUUGGGUUUGAUCACGCCCCUGAAGGCCAUGGGCAAGUCACGUUUGACAAUGUACGAGUCCCAGCACAGAAUAUGAUCCUCGGGGAAGGACGAGGAUUUGAAGUCGUUCAAGGUAGACUUGGCCCGGGACGCAUCCAUCACGCUAUGCGGUCAAUUGGCGGAGCCGAAAGAGCUCUCGAGUGGUUUCUCUCCCGUAUCAAUGAUCCUGCAAAGAAAUCGUUCGGCCGACAGCUUGCAGAGCACGGGAUAAUGCUUGAGCGAGUAGCACAAAGUCGCAUGGAGAUUGAUUCUCCGCGCUUGGUCGUUCUCAACGCGGCGGUCAUGAUCGAUGAGUUGGGCGGCAAACGUGCACUCAAAGAAAUUGCUGAAGCGAAGGUCCAAACCGCCUCGGCGCUAUUAAAUGUUGUUGACCGCGCUAUCCAGGCAUAUGGCGCCGCAGGCGUGAGUCAGGACACACCUCUGGCGAGUUUGUGGGCACAUGCGCGAACAAUGCGCAUUGUUGAUGGCCCAGAUGAAGUGCAUAUACUGCAACUGGGCAGGAAUGAAAGCAAAAGAGGAGAUACACUCCAAACAAGAAUCGAGGCACAGAAGGCAAAAGCAGCGCAAGUGUUUAGGGGGUACAACCUUAAACAAUCAGAUAACCUAGAGCUCAACAGAACUACGGCAAAGGCUAACUUGUAAGGCAUGGGCGAGAGAUUAACUUAGGUUGGUUAGUUACGGGUCAGAUUGCCCAGUUCUGGGCCGAAUCACCC